AUGGCAGGGCGGAGCCCGAGUACCACGGUGCCCACGCCAGAUGCUGAGUACUUUGGGUCUCCAAGCGAUGAUCGUGGCUUUGGUUCCUUUUCCCAUGCUCAUGGGCAAGGCAUGACUGCCAAAGGUAGUGAUUCCGAGGACGAGGAGGAGCUGGCGUGGGCGAAGCACACGAGUAUUGUCACUGACUACGGGGAAGAUGUCUGGGGAGGUCGUAGUGGCCUAUCCCUACAGAUGACUCCUCCGAGGCUGGACGCCGGUGGUCGACGAAACAGUGGACAGAAGAUGGCUCGAGGCGAUUCCGAGGAUGAGACCGGGGACACUGGGCCGAAGAAGGAGACGAGCCUCUUACAGAGCAAAAUGAGAGAAGUGGAGAGAGAUCUGGAGGCUGCAGCACAAUCUGAGAUGAUGUUGCUAGAGUCGCUGCUGGGGAAGACUGUGGACGCAUCAAGCUUCCGCGCACGAAUCCAAGGUGCAUGGAGUAUGAUGGGUAUGGUAUCAGCUCUUUUUCUGACCAUGGACCAGUACAAUAAUGUAGUCAUUUGCCCAGCCGAUAUGCAGGUCAAAGUACCCUUUUGCCAACAGGUGCACCCGUGCCUCUCUGGGAUAGCUACAGCUUUUGCAGCCGCCUCGGUAGUGCUCUCAAUGGUCUUGUACGUGCAGAUGAGCUUUGUCCCUGAUGAAUUCCUCGGUGCAUGGAUGAGCAAGUUGUCCUUCGCAGUUGAUUUUCCGUUGUUUUCUUUUAUUGUGAGUAUCCUGGGCUGGGGGUUGACAAUGCUGUGGCGAGGAAUUCUGAACUAUGGGAUACUCGGCUAUGUUAUCUCUGUCAUGGUGGCGAUCCUGGGCUCGGUGAUUUUGUUCUUCUUCCUGAAGGUAAAAACCAUGACGAACAAGUACUUGAUUAGCGCAGCAGCGGCAGCCAAGGCGCAACAUUUUGUUUAUGCUGCAGUGAAGUGCGGUGCAGCAGGUGUUUUUGGACAUAACAGAGUAGAGUCCUCCUACUCUGUUGCAUUUACAUGCGACCGAAAGCAGGACCCCAGUGACAUGAAGUUCACCAAAUGGAGCAGCCUCCUCACCGAUGGCGGAGAGGACGAUGUCGGAGCACUCACGCCUCUGUUCGAGACGCCUCUGGUGCUGUCGGAGCGCACCGGUCUAUGGUGGUCUAUGGUUUUGGAGAUGGUUUGGUUCCAUGAAGCUGUGGCCAGUACCUACGAAUGUUUGGAUGUGAUCUGA